AUGGUUCUGGAUCAACAAGCUUUAAGAGCAACAAGAAUCAAAGCAGAGGAAUUGGAUAUCAAAAGAAAAAUCAAGAAAGUCACAGUGGAAGACAAAUAUGCAAAGAAGAUUGAUGACAAAAACAGAAAUUUCAAGAAAGAAGAUGGAAUGAUACUAUAUCAUGAAUUGAUAUAUGUACCAAGAAAAAUCAGAAAAGAAGUGAUGAUACAAGAACAUGACACAGUCACUUCAGGACACUUCAGCAUUGACAAGACAAUAAAGAAGAUCAUAAGAAUGUACUAUUGGUCAGAAAUGUGA